AUGCCCCCCCUGCCCGCGCCCCCCGCGCGCCGCCGCACCGGCAUCGUCACCACCAUCAGGGACACGGUCAGCUGUAGUUGGAUAUUUUACAGUAACAGUAGCGGGUCGACCCCCGCGGAGGGCGGAGCACCCCCGCCCGAGCCCGACCCGGACCUAGACUCGAUGCACAUGAUGCUAGACCCGCACCUGCGACCCAUCUCGCCAGACCUCAACAAUGAGGAGUCUAAACGUAUAUUCGAAGAACAUAAGCAACUGGCACAAGAAUACCUUAAAAUACAAACGGAGCUAGCUUAUUUGAGCAAACAUAAAUCGGAGCUCGAGGAACAGAUGGACGACGACGAGCUCCGGCAGAAGAGAGAGAUCAUACAACUGGAGAAAGAGAAGGACUCGUUAAUCAAACUGUACUGCACACUGAAGAAGCAGUGCGCGCGCGCAGACGGAGACUGGCUCCUGGCGCCCGACGCGCCCCCCGAG